AGGUUCCUGUAGUGUUAAAUGAGGAGGAAGGUCACUCAUUGUACAUAGCUGGAUCACAACUUCACUCCCCUACCAGCACCCCCUGUGAGGCAUCUGCUCCCUUACUGCCUCUCCAACCACACACAUCUACAGCCCUAACACUGACACCACCCCCACAUACCCUCACAUACCCUCACACAGUGUUUAAACCCCCAGAGAGGCAACUUCACCACGUUGUACAGGAUGAAUGUCACUGGACAUCUAGAUCACUUCCUGGCAAGGGGGAUUUCAACAACCAUUACUUUUAGUCCUGAGACAGUUUUGAAUUCAUCCUGGAAUACACAUUGGACCAGUAAUGCGUAUGACAAUCAAUCCAGUUUUACAUAUAGCAAUUAUACUUAUGAUGAUGUAACCAUGGAUUAUUCCAAUGACUAUAAUCCUUGUGUGUAUCCGCAACACGGAGCCAGUUUCUUGCCGGGGCUGUAUGCCCUCUUCUUCAUCCUGGGGUUUCUAGGAAAUGUUCUGGUCCUGUGGGUCAUCCUGCAGGGAGUUCGACUACGCACCAUGACUGAUGUGUGUCUCCUCAACCUGGCCUUGGCCGACAUGCUCCUGGUCUGCUCCCUGCCCUUCCUGGCCCAUUACGCCAGAAAUCAGUGGGUUUUUGGUGACUUCAUGUGCAAAGUGGUUUUUGGUGCCUAUUACAUUGGUUUCUACAGUGGCAUCUUCUUCAUUACCCUAAUGAGCAUUGACAGAUACUUGGCCAUAGUCCUUGCUGUGUAUGCCAUAAAAGCCAGGACACGGAAGUAUGGGGCCAUUGCUGCAGUCGUGACCUGGAUAGCUGGUUUUCUGGCCGCAUUCCCUGAGGUGAUGUUUCUUAAAGUUAGUAAAAGCAAUGACAAAGAUAACUGUAUGGCUGUCUAUGAUGGACAUGGCUGGAAAAUUUUUGUCCUUUUUAAAGUAAACAUACUUGGUCUGCUGAUCCCACUUGCCAUCAUGGGGUUCUGCUACACACAGAUAGUGAGGAGGCUGUAUAACGCUCCAUCUUCCAAAAAGCAGGCUAUUCGCCUUGUUUUGAUUGUCGUUGUGGUGUUUUUCUGCUGCUGGACUCCGUACAACAUAGCAUUAUUUCACAAGGCUGCGCUGUUGACUGAGAUCCUUGUAGCCAGCUGUGAAAACAGUAAAGCUACGACCCUCGCUAUACAGAUCACAGAGACCAUGGUCUACUCCCACUGCUGCCUGAACCCUGUCCUCUAUGUGUUCGCCGGGCAGAAGUUCAGAAGGAAUCUCAUAAGCCUGAUUAUCAGGUCUCCCUGUAGCUUGUGUCAGUUCAUGAAAAACUACCUGCCACGGGACCAGAGAGUCUCAAGAACAGGAUCUGGUUUCUCACAGACCACGAGCAUGGAUGACAGGUCUAAUGCAUUGUAAAUGGUUACCAUGUACAUUACCAUACAUAUCUACAUUUGGAAUCACAUUUCCAUUUUAAGAAGUUCCAAGGAAGUCAGGGCUGUCCUAUUUACUCUACUUCACAUAGUAGCUGAACUUAACACCAUCAUUACAGGCUACACAACCAAUUGUGUGUGUUGUUUCUUUCUUGGACAUUAGGUCUAUUUGAACUCUAUGUUUAGCAUAUUUUGUUUGAGGGUUUGGAAAGUGUUCACUUUGUAUAUUGAAAUAUUGAAAUGUACUGUAAACUUGCUAUGUCAAUAAAUGUAUUAAAGGAGCAAUAUGUAUA